CAGAGCUUUGUAACUUUUGUUUCUAAAGUAAAUUAAACUGUUGAAGUUACAUGAUUCAAUUCCAUUAUUUAAAUAAAUAGAGUAUUUUAUAAAACGAGUUUUUUUGUAAUUGAAUUAGUUAUGUUUAUUGUAACUGCUCAAUCUAAAGUUAAGACUAUAUGAAUAUUCAAUAUUUGWUAUGGAGAUUCAAAAUAUUAUCGAUUUGAUGUCCACAAUUACCUCAAAGAAUUAUUCUGGUGAAACAUUUAAUGAUAGUAACUUAAAAAGAGUUAGAGAUAUUAAUAUAUCUGGUCAUUCCAAUGAAUACAAAAAUCAAAGUCUUAGAUUCCUUUACGUUAAUAAACUAAUUGAACUAUUGUCUUCUUUAAAAGAAUGUAUGUUAAAGCAUUCUGAUGAUUCUACUGAUAUAAUUUUAAGUUCAAUUCAUUGUGCUAUAGUAUCAAGAAGCAUACACUCUGUUGUCACUUAUGGUUUCAUUCCAUGUCUUAUUCCAAGUAUUUGGAAAUCAUUUGAGAAUAACCAAAAAUAUGAACAACUCACUGAAAAAAUUGCACCUAAUUCGACAUAUGAAGAACUAAAAUUUAAUGUGAAUUCRUUUUUUGAUCUGAUAAAAGAGCCUACAUUAAAAAGACUCAUAUUAGUAAAACAUACAAAUGUUUUAUUAGCGGGAAUAUGUCAAUUAUGUCUGUUACCAAUUGCAAAACCUGGUUCAGAAAUUGCAACAGAAAGUGCUAUAGAUCAAUUAAAAUAUGAGCAAUUGAUAAAUGAACAGAAAACAUUUAAAAACAUUCUCAAAAACCUCAUUUUGAUAGAAAGAGAUCCUUUAUUUAUUAGAGAAAUAAUAUUUGUUCUUGGUCAUAAGUUUAAUGAUUUGAUUUUAAAAACGCAAGAGAAAAUUAGACGAAUUUAUAACAUUUGUUCAAAACAGCCAGUGGGUAAUCAGCGUACAAUCGAUGAUGUGUUAUUUGAUACCAGGGAUCCAUUAUUACCUUGUAGAUCCCAUGCAUUAAUGGAGUUAAAAAAAUUGAUAGAAUCCGGAGACAAAAUGGUUCUUGUAAAGAAAACAGAAAUAUUAAUUGUGAUUCAGGAAAAUUUAAAGAACACUGAUUCAUAUUUGUAUUUAAGUGCCAUAUUCACAUUGUCUUCAUUAUGUUCAUAUUAUCCAAAUGAUAUUCUCCCAAUACUUUGUGAAGAGUACAGUAUGCCAAUAAAUUACAACCAUUCACCGGAAACUAGAUUAAAAAUUGGUGAAGUCUUGAUGAAAACUAUAAAAUCAUUAAAUGAAACUAUUCCUUUGUAUAAAAACCGAUUACUAAACACUUUUAUGGCUGGUGUCAGAGACAAUGAUCAUUUAGUUAGAGCAUCAAGUCUUUCAAAUCUUGCUGACGUUUGUCGACUUUUACGUUAUAAUCUUGGAUCAAUUGUUGCUGAAAUUGUUAACUGUGCGGAUUAUGUACUACGAUUUGAUCCAGCAAUUGAACCCCGUAGAGCAGCUGUUUUAUUAUUACAGAUGAUCAUUCAAGGAGGAGAUUCUGAACUACUUGAAGAAGAAGUUUUUGAAUAA